AUGGAUGAUCUGAAAAAAGCCUCUCUUAGAGAUGAAGAACUACAGAAGGUUAAGGACGCGAUUUACUCAACAAAUUGGGAUGAUGUUCCAAACGAAUACAAGACGACGACGAUUAAGGAGGAUUUGUCAUUGUUCGGGGAGUUGAUUCUUCGGGGCGAUCGAAUCGUCAUACCGAAAGCGUUAAGAGAGCAGGUGGUUCAUCUCGCCCACAUAGGACAUCAAGGGAGUACCUCCAUGAAAGCACAACUACGAGCUAAAGUAUGGUUUCCCGCUAUGGACAAGAUGAUAGACUUGGUCGUAAAAAACUGCAAACCAUGUAAAAUGACAUCUCUUCCGGACAAACAUAAUCCCAUGUCUCGGAGACUUCCUACACAGCCGUGGCAAGACAUCGCAAUAGACUUUAAAGAAGGUCUUCCUGGAGAUAUGUCCUUGCUAGUAGUAGUCUGUUACACCUCUCGUUUCAUACAAGUUGAACCGAUGAAACCAGCUACCACACAACGGGUCAUUGGAACACUACUGCAAAUGUUCAGCUCAUUCGGAAUACCAAGAUCUAUCACCGCGGACAAUGGUCCGCAAUUUAAAUCAAUUGAGUUCAAGAAUUUCUGUCUCAGCUACGGAAUACAUCUCAACCUUUCUACCCCAUAUUGGCCCGAGCAAAAUGGAGCUGUAGAAAGGCAAAUGCGGAACAUAGGAAAGCGGGUCAAAAUCAGCUCCAUUCAAGGUACGGACUGGAAAACUGAUUUAAAAGAGUACUUGAUAUUGUAUCAUUCUACACCACAAGAAACGACUGGACUGUCACCUUACAAAAUGAUGUUUGGUAGGGAGGUAUAUAAUGGUAUACCAUCAAUAGAUCAACCGCCUACACUAUCCCUUGAAGCAGCGAAAGAUAAAGAUAUGGAAUUGAAGGAAUAUCACAAAAGAAUUGCGGACACUCAACGGAACGCCAAACAUCAUAAUUUGGAGAGGGGUGAUACAGUGUUGAUGCAGAAUCUCAAGAAAGGUACCUUACAGCCGAAUUUCACAGCAGAAGAGUUUGAAGUUCUGGACGUCAAUAAAGGGGCAGUUCAGGUCAAGUCCAACGAUACAGGUAAAGUGUACCUCCGGAACAGCACUCAUCUUAAAAAGUUGAAUUAUGACAUAAGGCCACUGUCGUCGGAAGAAGAACCAUCGAAAUCUAAACAAACAAUGGUAAACACCGAAGACGAAGGGGAGCAUUUCACGAAGCAAGAUACAAUUCCGGGAAGCAGCCGAGACCCAAUAGAAAGACGCCGAAAGAUCCCAACUAGAUAUGAUGACUUUGUGUUGUAACGGUUGGUAAGUUUUAACUUUAGACGAUGUUUUCAAUAAAGAAAUAUUAAACUAGGUUAUCGUAUAUGUUUUGAUUCUAAUUAAAAGGAGGAAUGUAACGGUUAGACAGUAUUAUACCUGACUAGUAAAUAACGUUGGUCAUGCCAUUGAAGGAAUGAAUAAAAGAGAACGCAUUACGGGUUACAGAGGGUGAGCAUAACAGGAGUUAUAUUCGGACGGUGACGGUGAUCGGUCGAGUUGUGUACGACGUGCCGAACCGAGUGCGAUUACAGAUUCUGAGCAGCAGUUUACAAUAGCUGGAAGUUUACCCAUCGCUUUUUGUGGUUUACGUUCAACAAUGUCGGAAUAAUUUUCCAUCGGUUUCUGAUCUUGAAGUUCCUGUGAAUAAAAAUAAAUAUUCAACAUUGCGUACCUUUUCUAACAUUCAAACCAAACUUACAUGUGUACAGCAGUACUCGAUUGUAUUAGUGAGAGGCAACCGGAGUCACUGAGUACAUGGAGAGUGUUUAUCAUGACAAGUGCAUACGAGUACGUUUUUCGCUUAAUCAGCUCCGAGAAGCUAGAAGUUACCCACUAUUAUUAAAACUGUUGUUUUAGAAUCAAAUCCAGACGUCGCACAUAUCGGGCUUCA